UGUCAACAGCACUCAGAAAGCAAAUCAACAUUGACUGAAAGCUAUGGGGACUCAGAGAGUUUUGGUGACAGGAUGCUCCUCUGGAAUUGGUUUGGCGGUGGCUGUCCGUCUUGCCAAAGACGAAUUAAGACGCUUCCAAGAACUGAAUAGAAGAAGAGCAAGGACUCCUACAUCAGAUGGCGUGGCCCCCACAGAGCCCGGAUCUCAACAUCAUUGAGUCUGUCUGGGAUUACAAGAAGAGACAUAAGCAAUUGAAACAGCUGAAUAGAUACAAGAACUGUGGCAAGUUCUCCAAGAAGCUUGUUGUGGCCACUAUGAGGAAUCUGGAGAGGAGAGAAGCUCUGGAGAGAGCAGCCGGUGAGACGCUGAAUACAUCCCUGGAGAUCCGACAGCUGGACGCCACCUAUGAGGACUCCAUCAGAGAGUGUGUGAACAGCUUGCCAGACCGACGAGUGGAUGUAUUAGUAAACAAUGCAGGUAUGGGUAUGAUUGGGCCUUUGGAGUGCCAGAGUGUCAGUGCAAUGCAGGAACUCUUCAACACAAAUUUCUUUGGUCUGGUGAGACUUGUGAAAGAAGUGCUGCCUGAAAUGAAGCGGCGUCAGAAUGGACACAUUGUGGUGAUGAGCAGUGUCUUAGGCAUCCAGGGUAUGCUUUUCAAUGAUGUAUAUGCUGCCUCUAAAUUUGCAGUUGAGGGAUUUUGCGAGAGUCUGGCUCUGCAAGCUAUGAAGUUCAAUGUCAAGAUGACGUUAGUGGAGCCAGGACCAGUUAUAACUGAGUUUGAGAGGAAAGUGUACAAAGAAGCAGAGAACAUGGACCUAUCAGAGACCGAUGAGGAGACAGCGCAGAUCUUCCGUCAGAUCUACCUGCCAAAUUCUCACAAAGUCUUCACUUCAAUUGGGCAGACACCUGAAGAGGUGGCAGAGCAAACUCUCCAGCUGAUCGUGUCAAAGAACCCUCCAUUUCGUCAUCUGACCAAUCGGUUGUACAUACCACUGACUGCCAUGAAGCAAGCUGACCCUACAGGGCGACUACCCAUAGAUGCAUUCUAUAAAAUUACCUUCCAGCAUAACCGCAUGUUCAGGGCUAGUCUGUGGAUUAUGCGCAUGCUGCAGAGGUCAAAGGGUCAAGGUGCUGCCUGAAAACCUCUUUUAUACAUGAGUGGACAUGGGUUGUAGUUACAUGCUUUGUGUGUGUCAUUAUGUAGUGCUGUAACCUUAUAAGAGCAAGACAAUUUUGCUAAACAUUGUCAAAUACCUAACAUCAAAGAAAAACGUCAAAAAUGUGUACUUUCUUAGUGGAACAUGUAAUGCAUUGGUACAAUGUACAACAGCAUAUUAGUGCCAUGUUAAAAUAAAACAAAAUCAAGAAUUUCUAGAGAAUAAACACAUAAUAGGCCUUUUAUGAGAAAAUUCAUGUAGUUUCGAGCAUAAAGCAGUAAAAUUACAAGAUUAAAGUAGUAAAAUUUCAAGAAUAAAGUAAAAAUUACAAGAAUAAAUCUAAAGCAUGAGAUGAAAGUAGUAGCAUUAUGAUAAUGUUGUAAUAGGAUCAGAUUAAGGUCAUAGCAUUAUGAGAUUCAAGUAGUUAUAUUUUGAGAAUAAAAUUGGUAAUGUUCGGAGAGGAAAGUCGUAGAAGGAGCUUAAAGGUGUAAAAUUGCGUGAAUAAAGCAUAAAUAUGAGAAAACAAUAACAAUAUUAUGGGAAAAGACAUGCCUCCUAUUUUUAUAACUUUAUUCUUUUAAUUUGUCUUUAUUCUUAAAAUAUUACUCUUGUAAUGUUACGACUUUAUUCUUGAAACUUUAUGACUGUAUUCUCGUAAAAGGCCUAUAAUGAUAUUAUGGUAACACUUGGUUCUAUUCGUUAAUGCAUUAAUGCACAAUAUAUAUAUUUUUAAGGCAAUUAUUAAUCUUGAUUAAUGUUAAUUUAUCAAAACACUUUUGUUCAUUGAUAGUUCACAAUGCAUUAACUAAUAUAAACAUAUACAAGUUUAAAUUUUAAAAAUGUAUAAGAAUAUGUAGAAAAUUAACAAUUAACCAAGCUUAUUAAGUGCUGAAAAGUAUUGUUCAUUGUCAGUUCAUGUUAACUAAUGUAGUUGUCUAAUUGUAGCAAAUGGAACCUUAUUGUAAAGUGUUAACGAGAUUAUUUUGAAAACAUUACAACAAAAUCCUAGAUUUCUUUCUUUAGCAUUGCACUGAAAUUCUGUCAUAUAAUGCCCUUACCAGUCCUCAUUAAUCAUACAACCACUCAGCAAUUUGGCAUACAUGCACUAAUGGAACUUGAUUGCAAAGAACAAACAAUUGCAGAGCUUUUAGAAAAUGAUUUCUCAUUCUGGUUUUAAAGGAAUAUUCCAGGUUCAAUACAAAUUAAGCUCAGUUGACAGCAUUUGUGGCAUAAUAUUGAUUACAACAAAAAUAAUACAUCAUUUUCUUUUAAAACAAAACAAAAAUGGAGUUUCCAAUGAGGCACUUACAAUGGAAGUGAAUGGGGGCAAUUUUUGGGGGUUUAAAGGCAGAAAUGUGAAGCUUAUAAUUUUAUAAAAGCACUUACAUUAAUUCUUCUGUUAAAACUUGUGUAUUAUUUGAAAUGUAAAGUUGUUUAAAUCAUAAUCUUUAGUUAUUUUAGGGUUUGUUGACAUUACAUUGUCACGGCAAAAAAAGACGGAAAAUUUGCUAUAACUUUACACAGAAAAGGUUAGUAAGCGAUGUUAUCACACUAAAAUCAUGUUUACAAGCAUACUGUUUAUGUCUUGUGUCUAUACUUUUGAAAUAUUGAGUAUUUUAACAUUUUUGGAUUGGCCCCAUUCUUUUCAUUGUAAGUGCCUCGCUGGAAACUUAAUUUUUGCUUUUGUUUUUUUUUUUAAAGAAAAGGAGGGAUGAGUUGAAAUUAAUUUUUGUGGUAAUCAAUAUUAUGCCACAAAUGCUGUCGAUUGAGCUUAACUUGUAUUGAACCAAGAAUUUUCUUUUAACAAAUUUUAGCAUGCAUUUUGGAUUAAUCUCAAUUGUGGGGUAUACUGUAUUUGUGCCAUGUUUUCUGAUUGUUUAGCAACAAUGAAACUGAUUGAGCUUCAAGCUUGAAAUUUCAUACAUAUGUUUCUCUUCUCAAGACAAAAAAAAAAAAAAAAAAAACUGGCCUCUUGCACCCAUGAUGUCUACGUAACCCCCCUUAAAUUUAUAUAUAGAGUUUGUAGAAGAAUUGAAAAGAACUGGGAGAGACCGGGGCUAGUUGUCACAAGCACUAUAUUUUAGUAACAAUAUGGAAUCAAGUGUUUAAUUACACAAAUGUGCGUAUCCUCUUGCAGUGGUUUUGUUGUCUGUUGAGUUGAAACAACUAGAUUAAAAUCUUUGACUCUGCCCUA